GGAUGCCACAAUGGCAUUGGCGGAGAACAGUUCCGGCCAAACAGCUGCUGAAGUUGCCAUGCGUUCGGGAGACAGGUCCAUCAUCAGUGCUUUUCAGGAAUGCCGGGCACGUCGCUGAGUUUGGACAAGCAGAGAAGACACUGCUUCCCAUUGUGCCUGUUUUGGCCACGGACUCGUCCCGGCCAAGACCAAGAAGGGCGCCGGUUCCAUGCAGGGCGCGAAUCGUUUGGCUGGCGCUUGCGUGCGUAGCGGCCUGUCCUGGCGCGACGCGCAGCUUUUUGAACGCAUUCCGGAAUAGCGCUGUGGACGCUUCAGCACGACGCCCGAGAUGGAAGCAAGCGGGCAUUUCCACGCCACGCCGGCUGGUUGCCAGACAUGCCAGGGAGUUCAUCCCAACAGCAGAGGCAGCUUUCUUGACGCCGCCGGCGCAACCGCUCACUCUCAGUCCGGACGGCACUCGAACCGCUCGCUUUGAAUUUGGCGAGCCUGGCAUCAUGAUCCGGGUCGAGGCGGCUUUCGGAAAGGGCGCUUCGAACGUCAGUGAGGGCAUCACUAUCAUACCCAGGUCCAAGCUUGGGGUGAUGGGCGUGCGAGACCUGUUUUGGUUGGACAACGGCUCCUUCCUCAUCACGGGCUAUGAGGGCCCCAGCGGCCGCUUCUAUGCCUGGGUUGUGGACCUGGGCAAGGGCAGGGCCAGCCUGGUGAACCUCCCGUCCAAGGAGGCCAGCUUGUUUGUUCCAUUGGGCCUAUCUGGCGUGCCGAUCCUGCGGCUGGAUGAUCAGGGCUCCCCUGAGGUGCUCCUGGGCUUUAUUGCCGAGGGAGUUUUGCAAUGGAAUUGGUACACCCGCGCUGGAGAUCUGAUUGAUGCAGCCAUUGACGAUGAGCUGCCCACUAGCCUCUGGCGCGAGGUUUUGCUUUCCAAGUUGGGGCUGAUUGAUGCUGUGCUGCUUCUGAACGGCACAGUUUGCCGUCGAAGCCCUGAUGGCUGGCUCAACCUUGGUGCCUUGCAGCUGGCUGCGGAGUCCAGUGACGAAGUGUUUGGUGCAGUGGCCGCGCAGCCAGUGCUGCUGCAGGAAUACCUGGUCGCCCUGGACCCGGACUUUGGAGUUCUGGCGGUGGACGUCGUUGGCGAGGGCAGCGCGCCGCAGUUCUUCCCGGGCGCAGAGGAGCUGGGUCAAGACCUGCCUGAAGGUGAGCUUGGCGCCUGGGUGCUGCGGCAGUCCCAGGACCGGGAGACCGCCGGGCUGCUGCGCCUGGCCGAAAACGCGGCGCCGGCGCCCGUCUUCGCCCACCCCUUCGCAGAUGUGCGCGCGAGCGGUGCUUGGGUCAAUCCGAAAACCGAAGAAGUGGAAGCCAUCACUGUGGACGACCUUGUGCCGCGCACGUACAGCCUUUGCCCCCAGCAUGAGGAUCUCAUGGCCUCAGCAUCAUCCAACUUGCCCAAGAAGAUUCGGCUGAAUGGUGUCGAGUUGUCUUCUGACGGCAUGGUUCUUCUCUCCCUCAACCAGCACGGGGAGCGGUGGGUGGCUUACUUUGCACAUCCCUUGCUGUGUGAGCCCGUGGCCCUCCCUGCAGAGCCGGGCGCCGCGGGCUUUGGGCGCGAGGCGCUGUUGCUGCGGGGCACCGCGCUGAGCGCGGAGAGCGCGAAGCUGCGGCCGCGGCUGGAGGCACAGAGGCUGCAAAGCGACGCUGGAGACUUGCCAGUCUACUUGGCAAUGCCUCGCGAAGGGGCUUCAGCGCUGGUUGUCCGCCUACACGACGGCCCCGAUCAGCGGGACCGACAGGGAGCCGACAGCCUGGAUGCGUGGUUGCUCAGCCGGGGGUAUGGCGUCCUGAAGGUGAACUUCCGGGGCUCCGCGGGCUUCGGGCGGCGCUGGCGCAGCUCCCCCGGCUUCGCGGGGGACGUGGAGCACGCGGUGGCCUGGGCGCGCGAUGCUCACCAGCUUGGUCCGGUGGCUGUGCUGGGCUCUUACUUCGGGGCCUACGCGGCGCUCCACACGGCAAGUCGGCUGAACGCCGCUUGCGUGGCCGUGGCGCCGCUGCGGCCGGGCAAGGAGGCGCCAGAGGCCUUCGCCCCAUCCGAGGCGGCGAAGCCGCCGCCCACGGACCUGGAGCUGUCGCAUCCGCUGCUGGUGGUGGAGUACGAGCGGGACGACGCCGACGCGCUGCAGCCUUGGGCUGCGAAACUGGCGCCGCCGGGGUGUGAGACCAAGGACUGGCCAACGACAGCCAGCUAUGUACAGUAUGCAGGGGAGCGCCGCGGUGGAGGAGUCGUGCGGCAGAAUAUGCUGGACUUGUACAGGCGCGUGGAUUCCUUUUUGCAUAGCCACCUCGGCAAACUCGGAGCGGAAGACUUGCUGAAGGAGGAUUUUGUGGACGAAGUGCCGUUCCUGUCUGGAUCGCUUCAACCCGCUUCAAGCAGCUUGGUAUCUACCUUUGCCGAGGGCAUUGAGUUGUCGUUGGAGCGCGCGCUCCGCGAAAGCAGAGGUGAUCAGGUUGCUGAUAGACUGCCGGUGCUCCACUCGGCCCACGGUGCUCCGGCGGGCACCGGCUUCGCAGGGGAGAGGAAGCUGAAAGCUGCUGGCAAGAGGCAGGACCUGCUUCCAGCCCCUGCUAGUCGGAUGACAGUGCGCGAGGAUGGAACCAUGGAGGUGACCGUGUCCUUUGCACAACCGCCGAAGGAGCUCUUCGUGCUGCUGAGCGAGGUGUGGAUCCACCUCCGCGCGAAGUCCACGGCGCUCACGUUGGCUUUGCCCAGGCAGCCCAAGCCCGGCCAGCGCAUCGAGGCCUUCCGCCUGCCCGACGGCCUGGGAUUCCAUUUCGAGAUCGCUGGAGAGCCGGCGGUGGGCGCCUUGGAGAACUACAACUUCUGGGCCUCCAAAGGCGGCGGCUGGGCGCUGCUGGACGUGGUGCUGCCAGAGGAGCUGGAGGAGGCUGCAGUGAUGCUGGGCUAGCGGCAAGGAGG